AUGAUGAUUAUUAAGGACAACGGUGUGGAUGCUAUCCAUCCUGGCUAUGGUUUCCUGUCUGAGCGGGCAGAAUUUGCCCAGGCCUGUUCGGAUGCCGGGGUGAUGUUUGUUGGACCAUCUCCAGAAACGGUGCGCAAGAUGGGUGACAAGGUGGAGGCUCGUUCCUUGGCUAUCAAUGCAGGAGUACCUGUGGUCCCAGGAACAGAUGCUCCCAUCUCAAGUCUGCAGGAGGCGCAGGCGUUUGCCCAGACAUACGGCUUCCCCAUUAUCUUCAAAGCAGCCUAUGGUGGAGGUGGUCGCGGCAUGAGGGUGGUCAGAGAAUAUGAGGAACUUGAGGAGAAUUACCAGCGGGCCUACUCUGAAGCCCUGACGGCUUUUGGGAACGGAGCCUUGUUUGUCGAGAAAUUUAUUGAAAAGCCGAGGCACAUCGAAGUACAGAUCCUUGGCGAUAAAUAUGGUAAUGUCAUCCACCUCUACGAGAGAGACUGCUCCAUUCAGCGGAGACACCAGAAGGUUGUGGAGAUUGCACCGGCGUUCCAGCUGGACCCUCAUCUCAGAGAUCGUCUUCACGCGGAUGCUGUCAACCUUGCCAGACAGGUUGGAUACGAGAACGCAGGAACUGUGGAGUUCUUGGUGGAUAAACACGGCAAACACUACUUCAUAGAGGUGAACUCCAGACUGCAGGUUGAACAUACGGUCACCGAAGAAAUCACAGACGUGGACCUGGUGCAUGCUCAGCUGCAUGUGUGCGAGGGCCGCAGCCUGCCAGAACUCGGCCUCAAACAAGAAAAGAUCAGGGUGAAUGGCUGCGCAAUCCAGUGUAGAGUGACAACCGAGGACCCAUCCAGAGGCUUCCAGCCAGACACGGGAAGGAUUGAGGUCUUCCGAAGCGGCGAGGGCAUGGGCAUCCGUCUGGACAGCGCCUCGGCCUUCCAGGGUGCCGUCAUUUCCCCACACUAUGACUCAUUACUAGUGAAAGUCAUCGCCAGCGGAAAGGACCUGAACACAGCAGCCUCCAAGAUGAGCCGAGCUCUGGCUGAGUUCAGAGUGAGAGGGGUUAAGACCAACAUCCCGUUCCUCCAGAACGUUCUGUCCAACCACCAGUUCCUGCACUCCACAGUGGACACCCAGUUCAUUGAUGAGAACCAGGAGCUCUUCAACCUCAAACCCACUCAGAACCGAGCCCAGAAACUACUGCACUACCUUGGUCAUGUGAUGGUGAAUGGACCAACAACACCCAUCCCAGUCAAAGCUAAGCCCUCCUCCACGGACCCCGUCGUUCCUCCCGUCACCAUGGGUGACCCUCCUGUAGGUUUCCGUGACGUGCUGUUGCGUGAUGGUCCUGAAGGAUUUGCCAAGGCUGUCCGUGCCCACAAAGGCCUCCUGCUGAUGGACACCACAUUCAGGGACGCUCACCAGUCUCUCCUGGCUACCAGGGUUCGGACCCAUGACCUGAAGAAGAUCUCGCCAUUUGUCAGCCACAACUUUAGCAAUCUUUUUAGCUUGGAGAACUGGGGAGGUGCUACCUUUGACGUGGCCAUGCGAUUCCUAUCGGAGUGUCCCUGGAAGAGGCUGCAGGAGCUGAGAGCUUUGAUCCCAAAUGUCCCGUUUCAGAUGCUACUGAGAGGAGCCAACGCCGUGGGCUACACCAACUACCCUGACAACGCGGUCUUUAAGUUCUGCGAGGUGGCCAUGGACAACGGCAUGGACAUCUUCCGUGUGUUCGAUUCUCUGAACUACCUGCCUAACAUGGUGCUGGGUAUGGAGGCUGCUGGAGCAGCAGGUGGCGUAGUUGAAGCUGCCAUCUCCUACACAGGUGACGUGUCUGACCCAAUGAGGCAGAAGUACUCUCUGGAAUACUAUGUCAAACUGGCAGAUGAGCUUGUCAAAGGUGGAACUCACAUCCUAUCUAUCAAGGAUAUGGCCGGCCUGCUGAAGCCAGAAGCCAGUAAACUUCUGAUCAGCGCUCUGAGGGACCGCUUCCCAGACGUACCCAUCCAUGUGCACACGCACGACACAGCUGGAGCUGGUGUUGCUGCCAUGCUGGCCUGCGCUGAAGCUGGUGCUGAUGUAGUUGAUGUGGCGGUUGACUCCAUGGCUGGGAUGACCUCCCAGCCCAGCAUGGGAGCCAUGGUUGCCUGCACCAAGGGGACCAAGCUUGACACUGGCAUUGCUCUGGAGAAGGUGUUUGACUACAGUGAAUACUGGGAAGUAGCCAGAGGCUUGUAUGCUCCGUUUGAUUGCACUGCCACCAUGAAAUCUGGCAAUGCCGACGUGUAUGAGAAUGAGAUACCCGGAGGACAGUACACCAACCUUCACUUCCAGGCUCACAGUAUGGGACUGGGCAACAAGUUCAAGGAGGUGAAGAAGGCCUACGCAGAGGCCAACAAACUACUUGGAGACCUUAUUAAGGUGAGACAUGGACACCGAGCGUCCCAGCUUGCUCUUUAUUUUCAUGAUCAAGCUGUAUAUUUCACAUGCUUCCACCUCCCAUGGGGACGUUAUGAAGAAAAUCCAGAAAGACUGUAUCACUUUAUAUAUAAAGUUUUAGUAAAUAGUUUGUUCGCGACCCUCUUUUGCUGCGAUUCUUAUUUUUUCCCCGUCUCAUUUCAUCUUUAUUUCCUCCUUUUCCGUUUCAACAUCCUAUUUCAGGUGCUGAAGUCUCUUCCCCGCAUUGACGGUCGACCUGGUGCCUCUCUGCCACCUAUGGACUUCAAGUCCCUGGAAGACGGCCUGCGAGCCACACACGGGGAUGACAUCACCCCUGAGGAUGUGAUGUCAGCAGCCAUGUACCCCAAGGUGUUCCAGGAGUUUAAGGAGUUUACUGCCAACUUUGGCCCAGUGGAUUGUCUCAGCACCAGGCUGUUCUUGGAUGGACCCAAGAUUGCGGAAGAGUUUGAGGUGGAGCUGGAGAGAGGGAAGAUCCUCCACAUCAAGGCCUUGGCACUGGGUGACCUGAACAAGGCCGGGCAGAGAGAGGUCUUCUUUGAGCUCAAUGGACAGCUGAGAUCUGUGCUUGUUAAAGACACAGUCGCCAUGAAGGAAAUGAAGUUCCAUCCCAAAGCUCAGAAGUCCAUCCGGGGUCAGGUAGGAGCACCGAUGCCUGGAAAGGUCCUAGAGGUCAAAGUUAAAGUUGGAUCCAAGGUGGAGAAAGGUCAACCGCUGUGUGUCCUCUCUGCCAUGAAGAUGGAGACUGUGGUCAACUCCCCAAUGGCUGGGACCAUUAAGGCUAUUCAUGUCACACCCGAUGCUUCCCUGGAGGGAGAUGACCUGAUACUGGAAAUUGAAGAAUAGAGCGCAGGGGGGAGUGGUAGGAGGCAGGAGGCAGGCGUUCAGAUGAUAUGAUCCCGGAAAUGGUGGCAGCUGGAGAAACGGGGAGAUUUAAAAUGAGGAGGAAGAGGAAGACGGGCGUUUGUGGCCCUAGAUAUGUACAUAUUCCUUUGGGUGCACUGGGGGAUGCACAAUGAGGCCGUAUUCAUAUCCAGAUACCUGAUGGGAGCAAAGAUAAAAAUGUACGACAGUCCAAAACGGUGUAUUGA